AUGCAGCGGUAUACCACUAGGGACAUAUGGGAGAUGGAGGACCGCCAGAGCCCGCGCAUGGGUUGCAGCGUCGUCCUCGGCGUUGACGGUGGCGCCAGCAACACCGUCUGCGUCUGCAUCCCGGCCGCCAUGCCCUUCGCCGACCCGCUCCCCGUCCUCGCCCGCGCUGUCGCCGGAUGCUCCAACCAGAACUCCGUAGGAGAGGACAAGGCGAGGGAGACGCUGGAGCGAGUGAUGGCGCAGGCUCUCCACAAGGCUCGCCGGAGACGAUCAAACGUGUGCGCGGUCUGCUUGGCCGUGGCCGGCGUCAACCACCCCAUCGACCAGCACAGAAUGCUGGACUGGCUCAGGUGCUUAUCUCCCAGCCAUGUGAAGCUGUUCGUGGAGAACGACGCAGUGGCGGCACUGGCCAGCGGCACCAUGGGCAAGCUCCACGGUUGCGUGCUCAUCGCAGGGACAGGGACAAUAGCCUACGGUUUCACCAGUGACGGCAGGGAAGCUCGGGCAGCUGGUGCAGGGCCGGUCCUAGGUGACUGGGGAAGUGGCUAUGGGAUUUCAGCACAAGCAUUGACAGCAGUUGUGAGGGCCUAUGAUGGCAGGGGUCCUGAAACAGUACUCACAAACAACAUCCUUGACUUCCUUGGACUCGCAUCGCCGGAUGAACUGAUAGGUUGGACAUAUGAAGACCAAUCUUGGGCACGCAUCGCUGACAUUCUCCCUGUUGUGGUACAAUCUGCCGAAGCCGGCGAUGAAGUAGCAAACAAGAUCUUGCACAAUUCAGUUGGUGAACUAGCUUCCAGUGUCAAGACUGUAGUGCAGAGACUUGCGCUGAGUGGGGAAGACGGAAAAGAUCUAUUCCCUCUUGUUAUGGUCGGUAAAGUUCUUGAGGCAAACAAGAGGUGGGACAUUGGAAAGGAAGUGAUAAAUUGUGUUACCAAGACUUAUCCAGGGGCAUAUCCAAUACAUCCCGAGGUGGAACCAGCUGUUGGUGCAGCAUUACUAGCAUGGAAUGCUAUAGCAAGUGAAUUGGAUGGUGAUCUUAGGGCUGCUGCUUAA